UCGACAAAUAAACAUAGUGAGAAACGUGUUAAGACGCGUAGAGGAAGGACAGAGAGUAUCGAUUAUUGUACGUCGCGAGGGAAAGAUUGACUGUUUUUUGAAAUUUGAAUAAAGAGAUGCUCUCUCGCUCAUUCAAAUGUAAUUAUAUCGCUGACAAAGAACAAAUCACGCGACAGAAAUGACAGAGUUCAAAGAGGAAAAAAGUAUUCCUUGUAUCUUUGACAACUUUGAUUUAAAGUGGUGGCUUCGUCGUGCUGGAAAUAAGAAUCGCCGCUAUAAGCUCAUCAAAUUAAAACAUGAUUUGAAGAGACUUCAAUUGUCAAAGCGGGCAGUACAUCGAGGAUUAAUCCAAUUGACAAAAAAACCAUACGUGAUUCUUAAUAAAUUGACACUACUACAGUCUUGUUACAAAGAGACGCAAUCGUCGCUUCAAGAUAAGGAUCUGUUGCAAUCUCCACACAAUAGCAGUCCUCAAAAUUCUGUUUCAUUCCCGAAAAAAAAAUGGCAAAUUGAAUAUCAAAAGGAAGAGACAUCGUUAUUGAGAAGUUCGGACCAUAAUUCUCAGAAGAGCGAACAAAUUGCAGAUGACAGCGCAAAAUUAAACACGAGCUUUUCUGUUAAAACUGUAUCAUUAGGUAUUAUAGCAGAUAAGGUUUAUCAAACUAAAAUCCAGGAAUGUAGUUCGCCUGUGAAAAAUUCGAACAGCGUUAUACGGGAUUCUGUCUUAGAAAAAAUAGAAAAAGAAAACUCUUUCAUUAAUAGUAAUAUUACUUUUGCGAAGGACAAAGAUAUUUCUUCAGAGAAAUCGAGCACCAAUGUAAAGUUAGAUUUUUUCGCAAAAAAUGAAUCGCCAAACAAAUCUGCACAUGAUUCUAUCCGCGAGUCUGAAAAUAAAAAUUCCCAAUCUAAAAGUAACAUUGUCUCCUCGAAAGAUAGGUAUUUCGAUAAGGAAUUUGGAAAGAAUUUGGAAGGAUUGUGGAAUAAAUUACAAAAAGAAGAUAUAGAGGUAAAUCAAGAAUUUUUUUUUUCAAAAAUAAAAUCGUUAGACACGCGGUUACAAGAACACGAUUGUAUGUUAAAAAAUAAAAAUAUCUCGUGUAAAAGUAACAUUAAUGUAUCAUUUGAUAAAAUAACUUGUUUCGAGGCGGAAACUAUCACGGACGAGACUCAUUCAUCCAUCUCGAAUACACAGUCUUCUCAUGCCGAUUCAGAAUUUUCAGCUGAGCAACCAUGCACGUCUGCAACUGAAAUACCUGUAACAGUAAACACAAAUCAAAUUGAAAAAAUGGAGCUUAUAAAUCAACAAAGAAAUAGUUCAUUCGUCGAAAUAGAUUCUAAAACAUCAAGUAAAAAAAGAAUGUAUCCCGGAUCUUCGGAUAAGAAAAAAAGUAAGAAAAAACUGAAGAAAAAAAUAGAAAACGAGACAGAAACUUUUCCUGAUAAAUCAUGCGAUGAAAAUUUGAUAGAAAAUAAUACUGAGAUAAUCGAUCGUGAAAUUUCCGAGGAUAAACGAAUUUGUGGUCAUAAUAAAAAUGAAAAUCAAAUGUUUCCGAAGGAUAUUACAAUGUAUGAAUAUGUAAAAAUAAUAAACACACUUUCGCACAUAAAAAACAAAAACGUACAAAUAAAAAUAGGGAAGAAGAAGAUUAGAAAGCUACGAAGAAACUUUAGCAUCUUGUUCCAAGAGGAUGGUACUAGCAAAAGUGAGAGUGAAGAGGAAAAAGAAAUUAUAUCGCAAUAUCUAUUGCAAACAAAUCAGCAAUUUGUCUCAAGAAAUUCAAAAAUUUACACACACAACGAUAUUACAAUAAAGGAAGAGACGGAAGAUAUUCAUGACAGACCUGGAACUUCAAAAUAUAAAGACAGACAUGAUACGACUGUUAAUAAUUCGGAAGACGAAACAGAGAGUACGACUUCAACAAGACCAGAGUCUAUCAACUCGACUGAUUCCACCAUAUGCAUCGAAAACGACACAUUACAAGAUUUGAUAACGAGCGAAGAGAUAGAUGAAGAAACAAAUUCUAACAGAGAUAAAAACUUGCCAUGUAAACGUAAUUUUGUUAAUAUUUGGCAAAAGGAUGGAGAGAGUGAAAUUCCGGCAAAAAAACCGCGCAUAAAAAUUUCUAUAAAAAUUGCCGAUACAGGUAAUAUUAUUAACAAAAAUUACACAGAAAGUAGCGAAACUGUUAAUUUCGAAGAUGUCGAAAUGAAAGAAGCAAGUAUACAGGAAAAUCAACAAAAUAUCAAAAAUGUUAAUUUCGAAGAUGCUGCUCAUGAAAAAAGAAAAGAAAUAACUAUACAAGAAAAUGAAAAAAAUAUUGAAAAUGCUAAUUUGGAAGAUACCACUUCUGUAAAAACGAAAGAAGUAACUAUGCAAGAAGAUACAAAGAAUAUCGAAAAUGUCAAUUUAAUUUACAAUAUACAGAGAGAUAUAAAACCAAACUUUUUUAAUAAUCAACUAUUAUUAUCAACUAUGUCCGCCCAAGAGUUGAUAUCCGAUAAUAAAGAGAAAGAUGAUUGUGAUAAAUCGCAAAAUGUCGACAACAGAUUAUUAAUGAAUAAUGAAAAUAUCGCGGAAAAUAUAACAACUGUGAUAACUGAUGCUCAAGUUUUGAAAACGCCGUCCAAAUCAAAAGGAGGUUCUUCAAAUAAAGAAAAUGCUCUUAAUGAAACCACCUCGUUAACAUCAAACGUAUCUUCAAGUUCAGAAUCAGAUAUCAGUGAUCAUUUAUCAGUAGAUGAAAAUAAUCUUAACGACAUUGAGGUAGAAAUAAAAAUAAGACCCAAGUCGAAAUCUCGAAUAUCCCAAAAAUUUUCGUUGAAAGAGCUUCUGUCCACGUAUAUUAAGAAAAAUACAUGUAAAAACAACCCAGACAUUCUUGAAUUCUUUCAGAUGAGUUUAGGACAAUUUUCGGAAAACUCUAAACACGAAAAGACAGUCAUAAACGAAGGAAACGAUACGUCCAAAGCAAAAGAUACGUAAAAAUCACCGACUGUUAGUCAAGAUGAUACCGUUGAAAUAGAUUUAAAUACUAGAGAAGUUACAUGUAAUUCUAGUCAUACUACCAAAAAUAAUGCAAAUCAUUCUUCAAAACAACAGCAAGUACAGAGUUCUCAAGAUGAUACAAUUUCUGAUAUAGAUAAAAAUAUGACGCAUCAUCAAAAAGAAAAGAAUAAAUGCGUACAAUCUGCGGAAGAGGAAAAUAUGCGAAUGACAGAUGCUUCCGAACCAACCAAAUCAGCGCAUGAUGUGUUUGAUUUAGAAAAACAAUCAUCAAAGACUUCCUUGAACGAUGAAAGAAUUAUAGCAGACGAACGACAAAAAAAUGUUCAAGAUGUAACAAUGUCGUACAAGAAUAGAGAUGUAACAAAUAGAGAUAUGACGCAACGUGGUCAGGAAGAAAUAAAUAAAUCCUUACAAUCUGCUAACCCGAAAGGAAUGCAAGCGGCACCUGAAAGCAGCGUUGGACCAGCUACGUGUGACAUGCGAUCACAUUCAGGAGAACAAAUACCGAGGACUUGCUCGGCAACUUCGAGCGUGAAUUGCAUAAGUGGAGCAAGGGUUCAAACGAGCACAGAGUUUGAAUCUUCGCGGAGUUCUAAUCCUAUUAAUUUAUUUCAGAAUUUCAAUGCAUCAAUCGGAUCGACCAAUGCAUAUUCAAUGUCUUCUGCAUCAUCGGUAUGCGCGCAACCGCCAUUGUACAACACCGCUAUGUAUUAUUCACCCAAGAUGAAUCAACCGAGUGUAAUGACCAAGAAUGUGCCUUUGAACUUUGACGCGCCCGUAAAUUUUCCCACGCAAGACUCAGUGGUGAACAUCUGCGUGUACUUUCAUUGGUGCCGCAUGAUUAUUCAAGGUAACAUACUUAAUAAAAAAAAUAUACACGACUUGAAGAUCUGUCUGAUUCAUAUACAACAAAAUCUCAGGAUCUUGAAGAUGACAUUGUCCACGAGUGAGCUUUGUAUUUUCACUCAAAUCAAUCAGCUCCAGCUCAUAAGUCCGCCAAUAACAAUUGACGAAUUGAAACACUAUACGCACGUCUUGGAAACUUAUGUGUCAGUGGGAUGCGCCGGCUCGGUUUGCGAUAUGAGAUAUCAGAACAUUUCACAACCUUCGAACAUUAAGAACAGUUCAAUUCCGAGUGCACCAAUGUCGAACGUUUAUGCACAAUUACCAUUGCUAGGAAAUGUUGUAACAAAUGUGCCAAAUCGCAAAACGGCGAAAUCUUCGAUAAUGCCAAAAUCAAAUAUUAAUCAGUCACGAUAUUUAAAGAGUAAAUCUUCGCAAUUAAAGAGACUUUUAAUGAAUCCGAAUAUUCCAACCACAAACAUAUUGGUAUCAAAUUCAAUUCCGAAUCCAUCGAUUUAUCAACAACAAUCUACAGGAAACGCGAAUUGCGUAAAAAUUCAACGUAUCCCAAAUAUAUCGUAUAUCAACAAUCAACAGAUUUUCAUAAAUUCGGGCAACGGUCUGUCUUCGUCAACUGCAUCAGCAUCGAAUUUCCAUCCAUCCAGUAUUCACUACGAACAUCCAUCACCUCCAUAUCCAGGGAAUACAAACGUCUCUUCUGCAACUGCUAAAGAUUCAUAUACCCAAAAGAGAACUUCGACCACCAGUAAUACAAUUCCAGCAUCUACGACUAACGUUUACCAACAGAACCAAACUCCAUACAUCCAGAUGCACGUAAACUCAGGAGUCUCGCAAAUAUCGUACACGACAAACCAAACGAUUAAACCUCAGAUAUACGAUGUCACUCAGCUCAAUUUUUCUAUAACGAAUGCUCAGAGAAGUGGAGUUAAUGUAACAGGAAAUAUUAAACCCGGAAAUCCAUCUGUAAAUCCACAGAAUCGACCAGUACCUGCAGAAAGAAAUGUUCUACAGUACAACAUAAUCUCACCAAACGCGUCGAAUAUUUGUACGCCACAAUCUACGCAUGUUCAGAAUAUGUCGCCGAAUCUGACUGUGCAGCAACAAAAUAUGCAGCAACAAAAUUUGCAGCAACAAACUUUGCAGCAACGAAAUUUGCAGCAACAAAACUUACAACAACAAAAUUUGCAGCAACAAACUUUGCAGCAACGAAAUUUGCAGCAACAAAACUUACAACAACAAAAUUUGCAGCAACAAAAUGUGCAGCAGAACCUGCAACAACCCAAGGAUGCAUCCGUCCGUUUUACUUAUUCGUCGAGUAACAACGUCACCUCGACGAAUGCGCAAACAUUUAAGAAAAUUGAGAUUCUACAAGUUAGAGAUAAUGUGCCAAAUAGAACACAAUUCACAAAUCCACAACAAGCUGUAAGAAAUUGUCAAGGAAGCUCAAGUUCAUGUAAGAUAUUGCAAAAUCCACCUAGCGGCUCUACGAAAACUACCAUAUCGCAGGAACCAAGUGUUUCGCAAAAUGUGAUAUCUAACAUGACUUCGCAAAAAAAUAAGACAAUGUUAUUUUCGCAAAAAUCCACGCCAUCGCCACCAAACAAUAUGCGCCAGUUUGAUUUCAGCAUUCUGACAGACAUUCAGAAAAUUAUAUUGCAAGACCAGUUACGAUUGCACUUGAAUCAAUUUGCACAGCAGGACUCUGAACAAAUUCGCCUCGAAAAAAAGAUGUUAAUUUCCUUCUAUGAAUCUUUAUAUUAUGAUACAAUAAAAAUGCUGGAGAAAAAUAAAAACGUCAGUGAAAGUGAUACCAAGAAAGAGCUGCAAAACGAUACAUCGAAAAAAGCGUCGAUAAUAACAAAUCAACAGUCAAAAAUCAAAUCAUCUCGAAACACGACUCAAUCUAGUCAAAAUAAUUUAAUCUGUGAUAAAGUGCAAGAGAGACAAAUUUCAGAAAAAAAUAUUGAUUCGAACGCAUCAAUAAGCUCGACAUCCACGACGAUGCAAAGCAGAAAUUCAUCGAUGGAAGCACAAAAUAGAAAAACACCUCUCAAUUCUACGCCAAGAUCCGCGAUAAUCGAGCAACCACUUCCGGAAAAUGUAAAUUUGCAGAUUAAAGAUAUGCCAAAGAUACGAUACAAGAAAGUCUCUCUCGCCAUGAAACAAAAAUUGAAAAAUGUAGAAACAUCGUUAGCAGAACCUUCAAACAUUCCAAAAGAAAAUCCAAUCAAGGAAAUAAAAACUGUAGAAACAUCGUUAGCAGAACCUUCAAACAUUCCAAAAGAAAAUCCAAUCAAGGAAAUAAAAACUGUAGAAACAUCGUUAGCAGAACCUUCAAACAUUUCAAAAGAAAAUCCGAUCAAGGAAAUAAAAACUGUAAAAACAUCGUUAGCAGAAUCUUCAAACAUUCCGGAAGAAAAUCCGAUCGAGAAAAUGGAAAAUAUAGAAACAUCGUUAACAGAACCUUCAAACAUUUCAAAAGAAAAUCCGAUCGAGGAAAUAAAAACUGUAGAAACAUCGUUAGCAGAACAUUCAAACAUUCCAAAAGAAAAUCCGAUCAAGGAAAUAAAAACUGUAGAAACAUCGUUAGCAGAAUCUUCAAACAUUUCGGAAGAAAAUCCGAUCGAGAAAAUGGAAAAUAUAGAAACAUCGUUAGCAGAACCUUCAAACAUUUCAAAAGAAAAUCCGAUCGAGGAAAUAAAAACUGUAGAAACAUCGUUAGCAGAACAUUCAAACAUUCCGAAAGCAAAAACGAUCGAAGAAACGUCGCACAAAAUUACGGAAACGAAAGCGCAAGAUGACCCAACAGUUAAGGAAACUUCGAGAUCUUCGGUGAAAGACUCACACGAUCAACAAGUAUUAGAAUCGUGUUCCUCUCUCGUACAAGACACGUCGAAUUUAUUACAAGUUGCAUUAACCGAUGAAACAGAAAUUUGUUCAACGAUUGCAAAAAAUAAUGUCAAAGAAGCUGAUGACGUACAGACGGGAAGUGAAUGCAAAAAUUCGAAUAAUGCAACAUUAAAUAAUAUUAGAGAAAUCGACGCGAUAUCGCGAUCCUCAUUUAAUACAGUAAUCCAGCAGCUGUCAGAAUCGUGUUCCUUUCUUACACAAAAUGUAUCGAACCUAUUAAAAGAUGAAGAGACGAAAGAUGAUAGCAUCGAACAAUCUGAUAACGCAAAUGCAAACAAAAUUUUUAACGUUAUAAUAUUAAAUAACAGCGAAGAAAACAAAAAACCGCAAGUUCCAUGUAAUACAGAAGCUGAAGAAGAGACAAAGAAUAGAAAAGACGAAGGACUGCAUCACAAUGAAGCGUAUAAUCUCAAAAACAAAAUAUCUGGCGAAAAUUUGCAGGAAGAUACGCGUAAAAAUAUCGAAGAAAAUAUUGAAGAAAAUAUCGAAGAAAAUAUGGAAGAAAAAAUCGAAGAAAAUAUCAAAGAAAAUAUUGAAGUAAAUUACGAAGGAUAUACCGAAAAUAUCGAAGAAAAUAUUGAAGAAUUCAGAUCGAAUUUUAUAGUAUCUGAUGCGAUGUGUAUACCUCGACAUUCUACUCCGCCUUCAUUAGAUGAAUUAUUAUUUCCGACGGAUGAAUCUACAAAAGCAACGCAAGCAUAUAUCACGUGUAAGAGCUACACCUUUAAAACAUUUUCAAAAGUUUUCACGCAACAAGAAGAUUCUGAAAGCGAACAGAUCGAUAAUGGAAAGAUAUCCGAAUGUUCGGAAUGUCUCUAUAUCGAUGAAAGUGCGGAAAAAUUAGAUUUGCAAGAAGAGCAAAGUGAUAAGCAAAGUGUAUCGUCUUUCGAAAAAGAUCAAUGGAACGAGCAAGAUUUAGGCCUUGAUGAGACGAGGUGGAAAUCUGUAGAAGAAGAUACAUUGUCAUCUUUUGUGGAAGGUUUCCAAUUUUUAACGAUGGAACAAAGUCAUAAUAAGCUUGAUGAGCUUGACGAACGCUUGCCAUUAGAUCAAGAGAAGAUGCAAGCUGAGGACUUUUUGCCUAGGGACACCCUGGAGCAACCUGACGUGGAGGAGAACCAAAUACAAAUAAUGGAUACUCAUAGCGGCGUUAAAGCAAUUAAUAAACUGCUCAAAUGUGUGUAUUACGAAAAACCAAGAACUUCUUCGUAUAAUCCUACGCUGCAAGGCAACAUCAUAAAUAUAAAUGUAAACGUAGUCGAGGAAAAUGAUACUUCGAACGCUGACGUUGACAGUCUCGCGAAAAGCAAAGAUAAUGAAGACGACUCCAACAACGUGAAUAUAUUGCAUGUCAGAAGCAUAUCGCCGUCCUUGUUUGAAAAAAUCGAUACGCUCUUUCAAGAUGAUCUGACGGUGAACGAAAUAAAGGAAAAAAAAUCAUCGGACAUGAAUGACAUUUCGGUAGUUCCUAAUUCCGCGUCGUCGAACGAGACGAAGGAAGAAAAGUCGUCAUACUUGAAUGACAAUCUGGUUUCUAACUCCGUGCUGGAUGAAAUGAUGGAAAAAGAGUCAUUGGACGUGGAUGACAUCCCGAAAGUCUUUGACUUGAAUGAGAAGAUAGAAACGUUAUCAAUCGAGGAUGAUAAUUUGGAUAUCUCUAACUCUAUGUAUUUAAAUGAAAUGAAGGAAGAAGAGCAGCUAAUAGAUAUGAAUGGCAGUCCGAAAGUUCCUGAUGACAUCGCGUCAUUAAAUGAGAUGAAGGAAAAAAAGUUGUCGGACGUGGAUUAUAAUGAGGAAAUCUUUAACUUCAUGUCGCAUGAGAUCAUAGAAGAAAUACCGAUUAUGAACGAUAAUCCGGAAGUCUCUAUCUCCCCAUCAUUAAAUGAGAUGAAAGGAGGAAAAUCAUCGGACGAAAAUCCGAAUCAGAUAGAUGCGAACGACAACCUGGAUGAAAAAGAUAAACCGUGUUUACGGUGCAAACGUAAAAGUUUCGUAUUUUGUGAAGCGUGCAUGGAGGCUUCUUAUUGUUCUAAACGUUGUUCGACUUUGCAUUGGAAGGCAAGUCAUUAUAAGCAUUGUAAGGAUACUUUUAGACCAAAAUCAACUAUAAUUUAUAUUGAUGAAAAUAAUUAAUUCAUUUUGAUUAAUAACAGUGCUUACAAUAGCUUUUUUCUUUACGAUUACGAUCGAUUCCUAAUUAAUCUUCGUACUUAAAAGCCCAUCUAUAAAUGUAAUUGUUGAAUGUGAUGUUAAUUGUUUCACAUUCAGUGUAUAAAAAUUUUAAAGUAAGAUAUAAUGAAUUUUUACGAAUACUUGAUAAAACUUCCAUCCUUAUGGAAAUUUAUUACUAGUGAGUUAGUGAUUAAUUACUUAUUUCGAAUAAAUUACUGAUAUACAGUAAUUUAAGUACUCGAGUAUUCUUAAGUAUUCGUAAAAAUUCAUUAUACUUUACGUUAACAUUUUUACUGGACAUUUAUACUGGACAAGGCACAUAUUUGGAGAGGCAGAGUUCCUGCUAUAUUAAAAUUUUUAGUAUAAUUUGAUUUAGGGAUUAAAUUUAGGGAUAUAAUUUGAUUUCCUGAAAAAUGACGAGAGAAAUCGAAAAAGAAAUAUAAUUUUAUUUUUAAAAAAUGUAUAUAUAUAAAUGCGCAUGUAUACAAAUCUUCCUAAUAUAAGAGAUAAAGAUAAAGAGAGGAAUAUAUAUGAGUGUUAAAGGGGGAAUAUAUAUGAGUGUUACAUGUAUUUGUAAUAGCAUUUAUUGUAUAAAUGGCACAUAAGUAGCCUCUUAAGUUAAUAUUACAUGUAUUUAAUGUUUAUUUUAAAAAAGUCUUAAAAAUAUAUUAUAUCUGUUUCAAUUUUUGAAACCGUUUGUUCUGAAAAUUA